AUGUCUGAUAAGGCCGCAGAUACGGAGGAAAAAAUGGAAAGUGACCAAAGUUUGAGCGGCGAAACUACUAGUACAUCCGACACUUCUAGCGGGAGUUCAGAAUGUGAUGAAGAGUUAAUGGAACCAGUUAGUAUCCUAGGCCACACCUUAGAAUUACCCCAAGAGCUUUGUGAAGAUUAUUCUAUAUUUAAAGAAUUUUUUUCCAUGAAAACAUGGGAUAGUUUGGAAGAUAAACAUAAAGAAAACCUCACAAAGCUACUUCCCCAAUUCAAUGACAAUAGUGACGAAGAGAAUGAGACAACUUUGAAGAUGUUGUUCAAUCAUGAACCAUUUCAUUUCACUUCACCCCUCAGCAAUUUAUAUUCAAAUUUAAGACAAGGCAAUUACAGGCCAGACAUUGCUAAAAUGAGGAAGUUUCUAAAGAAAGCUAGAGCAAAACAACAAAAACAUAAGAAAAAAUCAUAUUAUGCAAAACUUUUACCUGAACUAUUAAUCUCCCGAGAACGCUUGUUAGCAGUAGUUAAAGGGGCACCUCCUGGCCCAAUUCCUCGAUUGCCACUUUUAGCUCCCAAAUCAUCAACCAAAAAUAAGUACAAAUCUUUGCAUAUAAGAGUGAAACAAAGGUAUUUUGAGGAACUAGCUGCCAUUUGGAGUGAGGUUGGUGGAGAAGAGUCUGAAGAUGAAAAUUACCCCGAAGGACCACCAGAGCGGGCAAUGAAAAAGAAAAAACAAUCAACCCAUGGGCAGCAUAUUGAUAGUAAUGUAUCUGGAACACUUGGUGGAAGUGAUCCAUCAUAUUUGACAUCACUGCAAUGCUUGAAAAAUGUCCUGGCAACUCACAAGGCAAGGAGGCAGUACAGAGAAAAUCAUCCAGAACUCAUUACUACUGGUAUAACUUUAGAGGACAUUAAGCAAAGAGUUGCAGUUUUAAAUGGUGCUAAGAAACUUAUGUUUGGCGGCCCUAAAACUGAAUCUCCUAUCCAGAAACUAAGAAGAGGUGCCAAAAAAGAAUUACAUGGUAAAGCCAUGAAAUCAGACAUAAAACCGCCAAUUAAGAAAGGAAAAGAGGAUCUUGAUAGCAUAGAAAGUAAACCAUUAUUACCUAAUAUAAAAAUAAAAUGCGAGCAGGAGGAAUCUGAUUCAGAAAGUUCAUCAUUUUUGGAUCCUGUUGCAAGUCCGAAGCAUUCUAAGAAGUUGUUAGACCACACUGAAAUCAAACAGGAAGCUGUGGACACUAAGUAUCCAAACCUUAUGAAUAUGAACUACAGUGAAUCUAAACUGGAAACUGCUAUUAAACAAGAACCUAUGGAUUAUGUUAAUUCAAUGCAAAACUCAAGAGUUUUGCAACCUGUGCCAAUAAAGUUGGAGGAUUUGGAUGGAAUUGAUAUGAUGACACUACCAAUCGAAUUGGCCGACGAGUCCGGUGAUGUCCUACCCGUAGUCACUUCAACGGAAACUGGCGACGACGCCGAUGAACCUUUGACGGAGACAACCCACGCAAACUUCUUGUCUCUGGUGAGGGCUUUAUUCCCGGCGAGAGCAGCGCAUCGGGCCUCCAAGCAGCAGUUGCACGCGAGGUGUGCAGCGGUAAUGAAGUCGCCGAUUGCUCCACUUAACACUUGGUACAACUUAUCUGAUGACUGGUGUGCUGAGCUCAACUCUGCAUUGGAUUUUCUGGCGGGAGAGAGAGGGCCACAUCCGGAUGAUUUCGUUCCAUACUUGCAGUACAUACCCGAGACACAGAUCUACCAAUGGAUCGGCGCGGGCCGUGAUUGCGACGCGAUUUUGGGUCGACUCUGCGAACGUUGGCUGAGGGCGGUUUCGCCCCAGCCCUCAUCAACCGAAGCUCCACCCCCGAGGUGGCCCACUUCGUGGACGGUCCGCGCACCGACGCCUGCCGAGAUCGCCGAUUUCCGUGCGCAGGAGAGACGGAGGUUCGCCUCUGCUACGAAGCCCUUCACAUACGUCCAGCACGGGUACCGGGCGGCGGUGGGGCCGAUCGCGCGCAGCGGCGUGGGCUGCGGCGGGGCGACGGGGGCGCUGGUGUGCGCGCAGCGGCCCCGCUCGGCCACCUUCGGCGCGCUGCUCAGGGACGCGCUCGCCCGCCUGCCCAACGGCGAGGGCACCAGGGCCGACAUCGUCACCCUGCUCAAAAUGUCUCAAUGGAUCGCUCCAUGCACCGAUCAGGCGUUGUCUAGUGCGAUUACUGCCGCGCUGGAGAAAUUGCUAACGGUGAAACGCGACCCUAUCGUGAAAUACGACCAACGGACUGCGGUGUGGACAUAUCUGCAUAGACACAGAAGUGAAGAGGACUGGUUGAAGGGCAGCGGGCAACGUAACCGCGGAGGGAAAACUGCCGCCGUCCUACCGCCCGCUAUUUCGCCGCAUACUUCUGCCGUGGAUGUGGAGACCACCGGCGCCGAGGAGGUGGUCGAAAACGCAUCCGACAGCGACGUGGACGUGGACGACAGCGGCGCCCCGCCCUCCGUGCCGCACCUCUCCUCCGCCCAGCUGCUCAUGCAGGCGACGCAGCAGGCGACGCAGGUCAAGCAGCUGCAGCAGGCGCUCGCCAACAGGCCGAAGGGGAAACUUGUCGCCGCGCCCCCCAAGCCCAGGGGCGUCCAGGCGAAGCAACCCCCGCCACUGGCGAAACAGCCCAACCCCGGCCCAGCGAGAACGCCGUCGCUGUCCGGAAAGCAAGGCGGCCCUCCGCCCGCGGCUCCCGCGAAGCUGGCCGGCCCAGCCGCCAAAGCGAUGUUGCCCAAAGCGGCGAGCGUCGCCCAAGCUAAGCAGACCCUCGCGAAGCAGCCUGCGCCGAAACUGGUGCCGCUAACGAAGCACUCGCCUAAACAGGCGCCGGCGAAGAGCGUUGCGCUCGAAACGCCGAAAUCGAUCGGUCCGACGAAGCCGUCCGUUGAGACCGUUCCGAAGUCCCUGCCGUCGGUGGUGCUCACUCAGAAGCCGGUAGUGAAGCCGAAGGUCGCUCAGAAGAUGGACACGCCGCCGAGUCUGGUUCCAUGCAGUUUGUCAAAUCAACACACUACCGUUGUCUCUGUAGUUCAACCUGCAUCUGUUUCAUCUGUACAGCAAAGUCAGGCGAAGUUGACCCAAGUUACAAGGUCGUUACUCAUAAGGCCGCCUUCAGUACAAACCACUUCAACAACUGCAGCCAUAACUGUUUGUGCUCCGUCCACACAGACAAGUACACCCCGUAGAGGAGUGGUAAGAGUGUUAAGUCCAGCUACCCCAUCUUCGGGGAAAUCACUUAUAUCACCUCAAGCUUUGAUGCAACAAACCACGCCUACGACGAAAAAGCGGACAAUUGUUACCAGUGCGAGCUCCCUAACGACACUGGCGCAGACGUCCGCGGGCGCGACAUCUGUGGUGAGCAGCGUGCCGACUGCGGUGACGUCAUCGGUGCCGAUGCGCACCGUCCAGCUGGCCGGCGGGCGGACCGUGCAGCUGGCCACCAGCCAGACGGUGCACCUGCCCGGCGGCCAAGCUGUUCAGCUCACGCCCGGCCACGCGCUGCAGCUGUCGCCGCUGCAGCUGCCCUCGCACAGCGUCCGCCUGCCCAGCGGCCAGACUGUCCAGCUCGCCAGCCCACAGACGGUCCGCGCAGUCGCCCAGCCGAAGAACCCCACCGCCCGAGCGCUGCCUCCGCCGCCUGUCAAGGCCGGCCAGCCCAUGCAGAUCCCGGUCUCGGCUGUACAGCUCGCCGGGCAGACGGUGCAGAUCGCCGGCCAGAGCGUCCAGCUCGCCGGCCACACGGUCAAGCUGCCGAGCGGGCAGAGCGUCCAGGUGGCCGGCCAGAGCGUGCUGCCGCCGCAGAGCGUGCAGACGGUCCAGCUCGCCGGCAACGUCCAGACGGUGCAGCUGAGCGGCCAGAGCGUGAUACCGGGCCAGAGUGUUCAAAUGGCCCCCGGUCAGAGCGUGAUCGCCUCGCAAACCGUGCAGAUCGGCGGGCAGACCGUCCAACUGGCCGGCGGGCAAACGUUGCAGCUGCCUAGUGGACAGACAGUGCAAUUGUCUAGUGGACAGACGAUACAGUUAGCCAGUGGACAGACUUUGCAGCUAGCCAAUCAGCAAACGCCGAAGUCCAUAGCCCAAGUGGUGAGGACGCAAUCGACGGGUGACAAACCUUCGCAGCCUAUAGUCGCGAAAUUGUUAACAAAUGCACAGGGUCAAAUGAUAUCGCUAGAAGGUGUUGUCGGUGGGGCGCGGGCGUUGCAAGUGGCGAGCGUGGGUAACGUGGGCAACGUGGGCGGCGUGGGCAGCGUGAGUAGCGUGGGCAACGUGGGCAACGUGGGCGGCGUGGGUACGGUGAGCAGCGUCCGAAGCCGCGGCGGCGUGCGCGUGCUUUCGCCGGCGACGAGACUCGCCCGACCGCUCCUGCUCACUUCUGCGAAGCCCUUGCACAACAUUAUUUUACAGCAAAGCGAUGGUAACGCUAUCCGAGUGACGUCAAGCGGUGCUUCGACAUCGCAAACGAUAGUUUUAAGUAAUAUAGGGGGCCAGGCUGUUACCACAUCUACUUCGUCGCCGCCUGUAUUGAAAUUGCAACAGGUGAAUCCGAUACAUCAGGUUAGACUACCGCAGGGGAUAAAAAUUCAACAGGCCGUCCCAACGUCUACAGUGGCGACAUCUAGCGGAGUUCGCAGCGUGCUGAUGGAGGGGCAGCAACUGAAACUGGUGGGCGGGAGACACGUGCUGGCGAGAUUGCUCAGACCAGCAAAUCCACAACAG